AUGCUAGUUUUGGAGAGUGUUCAAAUUUAUGGUGAUCAAGUCACUGAAGAAAGAGCUGAAAAUGCUCGUCUUUCUGCCUUUGUUGGUGCCAUCGCUGUUGGUGAUUUAGUUAAAUCUACUCUUGGUCCAAAAGGUAUGGAUAAAUUAUUACAAUCAGCUUCAUCUGAUCAAGCAUUAGUCACAAAUGAUGGUGCUACUAUCCUUAAAUCAAUCCCAUUGGAUAAUCCAGCUGCUAAAGUGUUAGUUAAUAUAUCAAAAGUUCAAGAUGAUGAAGUUGGUGAUGGUACCACUUCAGUUACAGUUUUAGCUGCUGAAUUAUUAAGAGAAUCUGAAAAAUUAAUUGAUCAAAGAAUUCAUCCACAAACUAUUAUUGAAGGUUUUAGAAUUGCUACUCAAGCUGCUUUACAAAGUUUAGAAAAAUCUGCAUUAGAUAAUUCAAAAGAUUCAGAAAAAUUUUAUAAUGAUUUAUUAAGUAUUGCUAAAACUACACUAUCAUCUAAAAUUUUAUCACAAGAUAAAGAUUAUUUUGCUAAAUUAGCUGUUGAUGCAAUUUUACGUCUUAAUGGUUCAACUAAUUUAGAACAUAUUCAAAUAAUAAAAAAAAUUGGUGGUAAAUUAUCAGAUUCUUUCCUUGAUGAAGGUUUUAUUUUAAAUAAAAGAUUUGGUACAAGUCAACCUAAAAAAGUUGAAGAUGCAAAAAUUUUAAUUGCAAAUACUUCAUUAGAUACAGAUAAAGUUAAAAUUUUUGGUGCAAAAUUUAAAGUUGAUUCAACUUCAAAAUUAGCUGAAUUAGAAAAAGCUGAAAAGGAAAAAAUGAAGAGUAAAAUUGGUAAAAUUAGUAAAUUCGGUAUUAAUACAUUUAUAAAUAGACAAUUGAUUUAUGAUUAUCCAGAACAAUUAUUCACAGAUGCUGGUAUUAACUCAAUUGAACAUGCUGAUUUUGAAGGUAUUGAAAGAUUAGCUUUAGUUACUGGUGGUGAAGUUGUUUCAACUUUUGAUAAUCCAGAAUUAGUUAAAUUAGGUACUUGUAAAGCCAUUGAAGAAAUAAUUAUUGGUGAAGAUGUCAUGACUAAAUUUUCAGGUUGUGCAGCUGGUGAAGCUUGUACAAUUGUUUUAAGAGGUGCUACUGAACAAGUUUUAGAUGAAGCUGAUCGUUCAUUACAUGAUGCUUUAUCAGUAUUAUCACAAACAACAAGAGAAACAAGAACCGUUUUAGGUGCAGGCUGUUCAGAAAUGAUUAUGUCAAAAGCUGUUGAUACUGCUGCACAAAAUGUUGAAGGUAAAAAAUCAUUAGCUGUUGAAGCUUUUGCAAAAGCUUUAAGACAAUUACCAACAAUCUUAGCUGAUAAUGCAGGUUUCGAUUCAAGUGAACUAAUAACUAAGUUAAGAACUGCUAUAUAUAACGGUAUGACAACAUCAGGUUUAGAUUUAGAUAAUGGUAUCAUUACAGAUGUUAGAGAAAAAGGUAUUGUGGAAUCAUAUAAAUUGAAAAGAGCUGUUGUCAGUUCUGCUGCUGAAGCUGCUGAAGUGUUAUUAAGAGUUGAUAACAUCAUCCGUGCCAAACCAAGAACUGCUGUUAAUCCAGCUGAUCGUUACAAGGAACAAAGUGAAGAGCUUCAUAAAUUUGGUCAAUAUUUAAUCACAAUAUUGCCAAAAUACAUUCAAAAAUUUUCAGUGUGGAAAGAUGAAUUAGUAUUAUAUAUUGGACCUACUGCUGUAAUUCCAACUUUAACCUUUUUGAAAGAUCAUACUUCUUCUCAAUUCAAGUCAAUUGUUGAUAUAACUGGGGUAGAUUAUCCAUCUAGAACCAAUAGAUUUGAUGUUGUUUAUCAUUUGUUAUCCGUUCGUUUCAAUUCAAGAAUUAGAAUCAAGACUUAUGCUUCUGAAGUUUCUCCAGUUCCAAGUGUUACUGGACUAUAUGAAGGUGCUAAUUGGUACGAAAGAGAAACUUAUGAUAUGUAUGGUGUUUUCUUUGAAGGUCAUCCAGAUCUAAGAAGAAUUUUAACUGAUUAUGGGUUUAAUGGUCAUCCAUUAAGAAAAGAUUUUCCAACCACAGGUUAUGAAGAAGUUUUUUGGGAUGAAGAAAAGAAGAGAGUUGUUUAUAAACCUUUAGAAUUGACUCAAGCUUUUAGAAAUUUUUCAGUUGGUUCUUCAGUUUGGGAACAAGUUGGUAAUGGUAGAGAUGAUACACCUGAAUCAUUUAAAUUUCCAACCCCAGAACCAGAACCAGAGCCUGAGAAUAAAGAUGAACCAAAGAAAUGA